UCGGCGCGAGCGGGGCCUCUUAACUAGAGCAGACCUGUCUCACACGAGACAACGGGAACAAAAAAUACACUGACAAACAGGACGAAUACAUGCGAACUGCUCAGUAUCGUCCAAAUUCGAAACGAUACGCAAGAGAAAGAAGAGCCACCUGAACGGGCACAAUAAAGCAGCGUGGCCCUUGCAAGUCAAGAGGAGCGUUUAGGUUGCUAGCACUUUAACUGGCUAGUUAGCUAGCUAGCCAGUGCAUUAGCAAGCUUUUGUAAUUCACCGGCUGCACACACACACGGAAAGCAAAGCUGGUCGAACACAGCCUCUUGCGCAGGCUAAACGAAAACCAUAAGUCAGUGAAGGGACCGGCGGAGACAGGAGGCUGGUUCUGAGGGGUGAGGCCGGAGGACCAGACUCAAUGAGUUUCCAGCGAAAUGUCCGAGAAGUCAGGGCAGAGCACCAAGGCAAAGGAUGGCAAGACCAAGUAUGCAACCCUUAGCCUCUUCAACACGUACAAAGGCAAAUCUCUGGAGACCCAGAAAACUGCAGUGGCUGCCAGACAUGGACUCCAGAGUUUGGGCAAAGUUGCGGUCAGUCGGCGCAUGCCCCCUCCGGCUAACCUGCCCAGCCUAAAGGCGGAGAACAAAGGCAACGACCCCAACGUCAACAUCGUACCCAAGGACGGCAGCGGCUGGGCCUCCCGUCAGGACCAACCCGGAGAAGAACGACAACAAGAGACCCCACCCCCUCAGCCCAAGCCUCCGGUCCCCCCGCCUCCGGAGCUCACUCUGGGCGCGAGCCGCUCGUGGGCCAACAGCAAGCCGCCGCCGCCGCCGCAGCCGGGCCAGGUGGACGCCGCCGCCGCCCCGCGCGUCAGCAGCCACUUCCAGCAGGAGUUCCCCACUCUCCAGGCGGCCGGGGAGGCCGAGAAGGCCGGCGAGCAGAAUGAGGAACCCUACGGCCCCGGCCCCAGCCUCAGACCUCAGAAUGUUGGCAGCUGGCGAGAGGGUGGGGGCAGGAAUCUGAACUCGGCCUCCAGCCCCUCGGAGAUGGAGAGCAAGCCCCCCGAGGAAGGUGGGGUGGCUCGCACCACCCCUUCUCCCACCGUCGACUCGGACGAAACGAGCAAAGCGGCGCCGGCCGAGGGCAGGAAGUGGGACCGGGUGCCCCCGCCGGCCCCGCCCCCCCAGCACAAGCUCAACGGGGCGCAGCAGCCUCCGGGCCCCGGCGUUCCCCCACAGUUCCAUGCCCAAUUCCGGGGAAUGAUGCCCCCAUAUAUGUUUCAUGCCUACCCUCAAAUGCCUUUUGCACCUGUGCAAGCAAACUUCAGAUACCCUGUGCCGCAAGAUGGAUCAAAUCCCAGGGGCCCCAGACCAGGCCCAAGGCCGCAGUCAUGGCAACAGGACCCUGACCGGCCCUCCAUCAUCAGUGCCACAGACCUGAAGGAACUGGACAACCUGGACACGGAAGCCGACGAAGGCUGGGCAGGAGCCCAGAUGGAGGUGGAUUACUCAGAAAAACUCAACUUCAGCGACGAUGAGGAAAACCAAGCAGCCAAGGAGAAAGGGGAGAAUUGGGAAUGGAUCGGUAAGAUGGAACGCAUGCGAGCGCGCGCUGCCGACGGCCAGGAGGUGUGGAAGGAGGGAGGCGAGGACCGGGGGGCCAGCAAAGGCUCAUGGGUAGACGCCGGCGACGGCAGGGCUCCCUCACCAGGCACCAUGGCCCAAUACAACAAGAUGGUCCCGCGAGACUACCAGGGUCAGCCAGUAGGCCGGCCGGUCGGUGGCAGCGGCGUUCCCGGCGUUCCCGGCGGUCCCAGAGUGCUGAAGCCUCCGCUGGCGGCGGGGGAGGAGGACUCGGAGGCGUGGCGUCAGAAGCGCAAGAAGCAGGAUCUGUCGGAGGCGGUGGAGCGCGCGCGGCGGAGGCGCGAGGAGGAGGAGCGCCGCAUGGAGGAGCAGCGGCUGGCCGCGUGCGCCGAGAAGCUCAAGCGGCUCAACGAGAAGCUCCGACCCGCGCCUGCCUCCAGCCCCACCGGAACCGCCACCGGAACCGGAACCGCCGUCGCCGCGCUCCCCUCCGAGCCCAAACACGUCUCUGCCGCUGCCGCUACCGCUACCACCCCCGGGGUCAGCGAUGACUCGACUCGAUGCCAUGAUGACUCAACGGGGCCCCGGUCCGACACCCCCACCCCCCAGCCCCCCCUCCAGCAGCAGCAGCAGCAGCAGCCGCCUGCGGUGCAGGGCCCCCCUCCUCCAGUCCCCUCGCCGGUGGCCCACGAGAGGCCCAAGUCCGGCACACAGGAAGAGGAGGAGCUCGCCGUGUCGCCACAUCCUCCCCCGCGGCAGCCGACCCCGCCGGCCCACCGGGCCCCAGCGGAGCAGGACGCCAGCGCAGCCGCCGGAGACGAGACGCAGCUGCAGCCGCAGCCCGACAGACCGCAGCCCCCCAUGAGAGAUUACUUCAGCUCGGACGAGUGUAGAGUGGAGGAGCCUCAGCUCUCCUUGUCCCGGCUCGACCCCUCCAGCAGUGAGGACGCCCCUCUGCAGGCUGCGGAGGCCGAAGGGGAGGGUGGAGCGGCCAUCCGGCCCGCGGUCAACUCCGGCUACUCCAAACAGUUCCAGAAGUCCCUUCCGCCUCGCUUCCUCAGACAGCAGGAGCAGCUGAAGCAGCAACAGUGGCAGCAACAGCAACAACAGCAGAGCAGCAGCGGUGGUGGUGGUGGUGGUGCUGGUGGUCCAGUAUCCCCCUCUGGUACCGGGGUGCCCGCUCCUCAGCACCGCUCCCUGUACCAGCCCCUGGGCCCGCACCCACAGCACCCCCAACACAUGCCCUCCAUGGGCUUCGACCCGCGCUGGCUCAUGAUGCAGUCGUACAUGGACCCCCGGAUGAUGUCGGGGCGCCCGCCCAUGGACAUGCCUCCAAUGCACCCAGGCAGGAUUCCCCCCAAGCAGCUGGUGCGUAGAGACCCGGCCGACAGCAGCCCGUCGGGCUCCGACUCUUUCGAUCACCUGACGCGCCCCAUCCGAGACCACGGCCUGCCUAACGAGCCGCCGCGCGUCGUGUGGGGCUCCGACGCGUACCCCCAAACUGAGCCUCUGCCCUCAGCAACCCCACCCAAAGGUCGCGAGGACGUCAAGGAACCAAGGCUGGACUCUGGGCUGGAGCUGGACCGGGGUCUCUCCUCCGUCUACUCCCAGGAGCACAGCCCCCUGGAGCCCCGCGGCAAGAGCGACUUCUUCAGAGACUCGUCGGAACCGCUGUCCGCAGCGUUCGGCCACGGGCCCGAGGAGGCGCCGGGCCUGCUGCAGGCCGACAGAGGACCCGCGGUCCCGUCCUUCGAGCCCGAGGAGGCCAGCCUUCCCUCCAGCGAGGACGUGGAGGCCCUCGGCAAGGCCGUGCUCAAGAGGAGCUUCUCCCAAGGCUCCAGCCACUCGCUGAAGCUGGACGAGCCGCGCUUCGAGGGCGUCACCCUGGCGACAAAGACGUUGGACUUGUCCGAGGGCGGCGGCGGCGGCGAGCGGCCGGACGAGAAACCCAGGAGGGAGCCGUUCGGACCGGGCCCGACCGGCAUCAACAACCGUUCCACGCCCCCCGCUAUUCAGACGGACGGUGGCGUCGGCAGCGUGCACAAAGCAGACAAACUCCCGCUGCCUCAGCCCGGUAAACAGAAGGUGGAAUCACGCUGGCCCUCCCGCAGUUCUGGCUCUGGAGGAGGAGGAGGAGGAGAACGACCCCUACGGCGCUCGGGCCCCAUCAAGAAGCCCGUCUUGCGUGACAUGAAGGAGGAGCGCGAGCUGAGGAAGGAGCGCGAGGAGCGGCACGAGAGGGGAGAGCGCGGCUCCAAGAAGGACUCCGGCGGCGGCGGCGGCACCAAGCCCCCCUCCUCUGCGGCCGCCGCCGUGCUGGAGGGACAGAAGCCCUCUGUGGAGAGAGAGAGAGAGGCCAAGAGGGAGACGACGUCCGCCGAGCCCGAGGACAGCGGGGCAGCCGGUGGUGCCGCCAAACCCAGAGACCGAGACAGAGACACACAGCUGUCCACGGGCCCUGCAGCCACGGCCAACAUCCCUGACGACAAAUCGGACAAACCAACUGGCAGCGACAAGCACCCGGAGCCCAAACUGCCCUCCCGGAAAGAGUCCAACCUGCCGCCUCGGUCCUACCGGCGCGAGGAACGGGAGCGGGAGCGGGAUCGAGAGAGGGAUCGGGAGCGAGACCGCGACCGGGACCGUGAUAGAGACCGUGAUCGGGACCGUGACGGGUACCGUGAUCGAGAGAAGGACAUUGACCGGGAUAAGGACUGGCCGAUGGACGCCAGCUUGCGGGGCCGCGGCCGAGGGGAGUACUACUCUCGCGGGCGCAGCUACAGGGGCAGCUACGGAGGCCGGGGACGGAGCAGCCGAGGCCGCAGCAAAGGCGAGUACCCGUACCGGGAGCCGCGCGCGCGCUCGGACCUGCCGCUCAGCGCCUCGGCCGCCGCCGGCCUCCGCUGCCGCGAGGAGAGCGAGACGCGCAGCGAGAGCUCCGACUUCGAGGUGCUGCCCAAGCGUCGCCGGCGGCGCGGCUCGGACACGGACUCGGAGAGCGAGGGCCACGAGUCGGCCAGCGACACGGGCGCUUCGGACCGCGAGCCCAGCGCCAAACCCGGCCGCCCGCUCCGACGGGAAUUGCCCGGGGAACCGCGCCCCGGACCCAAAGGUGGCGGCCCGUACGGCCCCGCUCACCUCCCUGACAAAGGCGGGAGCAAAGACGACGAAGGUCGGCCAAAACCGGGCUUCCUGCCCAAGGGGGAGCCCACGCGGCGAGGGAGAGGAGGACUGUACAGCAGGAGAGGAGGCGCAAGGGAGCGUGGAGCGCCCAGAUCGGCUCCCCUCAGGCGGCCUGGAGUCCGGGAGUCGUCCCAGUGGCCCUCCAAGCCCAUGGAGACCUUCCGUCCCGAGGACGCCGACACCUCGCGCAUGGACAACGCCCCGUCGGAUCGCCGCCUGCCCAAAUACGACGGGAAGCCGCGCGCGUUCGGCGAAGGAGCUCAGAACAGCAGGGAGCGGCCCAGGAGGCCUCGGCCGGCUCGACCGCCGCGGCAGGACAAGCCUCCUCGCUUCCGCCGGCUGAAGGAGCGCGAGGCGGCUGUGAUGGCCGGAGAGGCGUCGCCGUUGGGCUCUGCGCCGCUCACCGUCUCCCCGACGCUCUCCAAAGCCCCCGGCACCCCCGUCACCCUCCCGGAGGGCACCGCUGCAGCUCUGCCCCCCACGCUGCCCCCGACCUCCGCUACCGGCUCGGCCACGCCGGCCACGUCCACCUCCACCGCCACGCCGCCCGAGCUGCCCUCUGGCACGGACGCCAUGCUGCCCUCUGAUGUGCCCGCUGCAGCUGCAGCCGCCGCCACCACCACCGUGGCCGCCGUAGGCAGCAGCAAGUCCCCCGACCUGUCCAAUCAGAACUCGUCGGACCAGGCCAACGAGGAGUGGGAGACGGCGUCCGAGAGCAGCGACUUCAACGAGCGGCGGGAGCGCGAGGAGCGCAAGGGCGCGCUGGAAGCCGCUACGUCGGCCUCCGCCGCUUCAAUGACGACCGCAUCCGCCGCCUCCUCCUCCUCCAACGCCGCGGCUCCGGCCUCCUCCGGCCCCAUGUACCAGGGCUCGGCGCCCCACAGCAGGAGCCCCACCGAGGGAGGGGUCACCCCCAAACGCGAGGCGGCGGCCAGCGCCAAGCGCAGCUUCUCCAGCCAGCGGCCCGCGGACCGGCAGAACCGCAGGGGCAACAGCGGCGCCAAGCCGGGCCGAGGCUACGCCGGCGCCAAGGGAGAGAGGAGAGGAGGAUCCGGCGCCAAACCUGGACGCAAAGGUGCUCAGAACCCAGAGUCUGGCCCGGCCGGAUCGGGUCAGAAGGGCGGGAAAGAGUCGUCCUCUCGCCGCAAAGACGAGGCCAAACAUGCCGCCAAGAAACCCAAGGAGAAGGUUGAUGCCCUGUCCCAGUUUGACCUGAACAACUACGCCAGUGUGGUGAUAAUUGACGACCAUCCUGAAGUAACAACACUAGAGGACCCCCAGUCCAGUGCCAAUGAUGACGGAUUCACGGAGGUGGUCUCCCGGAAACAGCAGAAACGCCUGCAGGACGAGGAGAGGAGGAAAAAAGAGGAACAGACUGUACAGAACUGGAGCAAAAAGGGUUCCGGGGAGAAAGGCCGAGGAGGCGGAGGCUCCAAGCUUCCCCCUCGCUUUGCUAAGAAGCAGCAGCAGGUAUCCCAGCAACCGCAGCAGCAGCAACAACAGCAACAACAGCAGCAGCAGCAGCAGCAACAGCAACAACAGGCCUCUCAGCAGAGCCAGGCUGCCCCUUCUGCACCCCAGCCACCACCACCACCACCGCAGCAGCAGCAGCAGCAGCAGCCACAGCCACAGCAGCAGCCCCAGACUCCCCAGCUUCCACAGCCACAGCCAGCCAUCUCCGUAUCCCAGCAUGGCCACCAGCCCCCAGCCCAGCCUGCUAGCUCCCCCCAGCCUCAUGAGGGCGCUGUGCCCCUGCCCUCUGCCCCUGUGGACUUCCCCACGACCAAGACGCAGACACACAGCACCCUCGGCACCGAGCUUUGGGAGAAUAAGGUGCCGGGGUCCGCUGUCCUCGCGGACGUUAAGAAACUUGGACCCAUCAGUCCUCCUCAGCCUCCCUCUGUCAGUGCCUGGAAUAAACCACUCACCUCCUUCACUGGGACAGUCACUCCUGAGGGGGUGAAGUCCAUCGUAGACCCUGGCGUUGAGCUGGGCAUGGACAGCAUCCAGUUUGGUGCCCCGUCCUCGGCGGGCAGCACGGACAGCGACGGCGUGCCCGCCCUGCUGGAGAAGGGCUCCGAGAACAAGCUACCUGAACCCAAAGAGCAGAGGCAGAAGCAGCCCCGCGCCGGACCCAUCAAGCCUCAGAAGCUCCCAGAAAUUGCUCCCCCGGAGCCAAAGGAGUACAAACCGGGCCCCAUCGGCAAGGAGCGCUCGCUCAAAAACCGCAAGGCCAAAGAUGGCCGCCAGUCGGAUGUCGAGGGCUUGGAUAAGGGCGUCCCAGGGGGUAGCAGAGACCGGGACUCCACCUCCCCCAACAAGGACACCAAGGUGCCCGAGCUCGGGGGAGAAAUCGAGGGCAUGAUCACCGUACCCUCUGCAGAAUAUUCCAGCAGCUCCAAGGAGUCUGUGACUGACUACACCACACCCUCCUCCUCACUGGCUGAUAAUGUCCCCACUGCGGGCAGCAAGAUGGAAGAGAGCAUUGUGGCCAAUGUGGCCCUGCCUCUGCCCCUGCCCCGCAGAGAAGCUCUCCAGCAGAGCUCCAGCCUCACUACUGUCUCUCCCGCUACUGUAGACCUGACACUUAAGAUGGAGUCGGCGCGCAAGGCGUGGGAGAACUCACCCAGCCUGGUGGAGAAGAGCUCGCCCGUGACCUCCUCGGCGUCCCCCAUCACCAGCGGAGGAGGAGCCGGCAGCGCCUCCUUCAGCUCCUUCUCCAGCGCCUCCAUGCCUCAGAUCCCCGUGGCCUCCGUCACACCCAGCACCUCCCUAUCAGGAUCGGCCACGUAUACGACCUCCUCCCUGAGCACCAAGACCACCUCGGCCUCGGACCCUCCCAACAUCUGCAAGGUGAAGCCCCAGCAGCUGCAGGUGGGCAGCAGCAACUUCUCCCAGCUGGGCUGCGUGCCCUCCCUGUUGCCCCAGCAACAGCAGCAGCAGACGCCGCAGGUGUUCGUCUCCCAGUCUGCAGCAGCCCAGAUCCCAGCGUUCUACAUGGACACUGGUCACCUGUUCAACCCGCCUCACCCACGCCUGGCCCCCCCCUCGCAGGGCUACCAGCCUGGGCUCCCGCAGGUGCACCACCCCCCCGGGCCGGCCAGCUCGUCCCCCAGCAUGCUCUCCACACGGGACCCAUAUUCCAGUGCCCAGGCCCAGACCCAGCUGCUCAUGUCUGCAGCCGCCACCAUGCCCAAAUACUCGAUCCCUAAUCUGAUGGCUCGGUUUCCUCCCGCCCAGCCGACGCCCGUGCAGCAGAUCCCCAUCCCCAUCUACGCCCCCCUUCAGGGCCAGCCUCAGCACCAACACCAACACCAACAUCAGCACCAACACCAACACCAACACCAACACCAGCAUCAGCAUCAGCAUCAGCACCAACCUCAACUGGGCCUCAGCGCCGGCCCCCCCGUCUCCCAGCCACAGGACCUGUUCGGCUCCUCCAUACAGCCAUACAGGUCCCAGCAAGCUUUCAUGCAGAGCAGCCUGUCGCAGCCGUCUCCCAUGAUGCUGUCCGGCACGGCGCUGCACAGCUACCCUGGCGUCCAGCCUCCGGACCUGGGCAAGCCUCAGUCCAGCCUGGCCUUCCAGCAGACCUCCAGCACCCAGCACAUCCCCAUCCUGUUCGAGCCGCAGCUCAACCAGCCCUCCGGCAUGGGCGGCUCACAGCUCAUCGACACACACCUCCUACAGGCCCGUCAGGGGAUGAGUCAGCACUCAAAUCUGUACUCGGGCCAGAUGCAGCAGCAGCACACGCACACCCAGAACAGCUACUACAGCUCCACACAGAGCCCCAGCUCCGGACUACAGCAGGUGACUGUGCCUCUGCCAGGCUCUCAGCUGUCUCUGUCCAACUUUGGCUCCGGCGCCGGGCAGCCUCUCCUGGCGCUGCCGCAGUCUUUGCCACCUACGCCACCACAGGCACAGCCCCCCAGCCUGAGCCGCCAGCCCCCCACCAACCAGAGCUACCGCGGCCUCAUCGGACAGAACACCCACACCCACGCCCACACACACAGCAUGAUGCCACCCUCCAGCAAGAUGUGUGAGAUGGACCUGAAGCUGUUUGGCAGCGGAAUGGACGUCAAACCCGGGACGCCCCCUGUCAGCGCACGAAGCACUACGCCCACCUCCAGCCCAUACAGGGCGAGCUCGACUAGCCCCAGCAGCCAGUCCAGUAAGAUGAACAGCAUGCUGUACCAGAAGCAGUUCCAGUCGGGCUCCGGCGGCAUGCGCAUCGCCCAGCCCUUCCCUGGCCAGUUCAACCCACAGAUUCUGUCUCAGCCCAAUCUGGUGUCUCCUCUGGUGCGACCUGGCCACUCCAACUCCUUCCCUGGAGGGAUGCAGCGCAACCCCAUGGGUCCUCUGGUGUCGCCCUCCAUGAACACGGGCCUGAUGCCCCACCCUCGGCCCCAGCAGCACCCUCCGCGCGGACCCCCCGGACCUCCCAUGAUCCCGCGGGGCUCCCAUUCCGCCAUGAAGGCAGCGGAGCAGGACCUCAAGGCCAAGCAGCGAGCUGAGGUGCUGCAGUCCACCCACAAGUUCUUCUCUGAGCAGCAGCAGCAGCUGAAGGCCGCCGUCAGCAAGCCUGUGGUGGUGCGGAUGGAGGCCGGCGGCAAGCCCGUGGACAGCGUGGCCCCCAACCACCAGGGCGGCGCUCCAGAGCGCACCGAAGCCGACAAGCCCGCCGCCAUGAGCGUGGCCAAGCCUAUACGGACCGGACCCAUCAAGCCGCAGUCCAUCAAGCCAGAGGAGGGCAAGUAGAGCGCCCCCUACGCCCCACACCUGGACAUGCGGCCUCUGUCUGUCUCCAGCCACCAGGGGAGGGUUGGACUGACAGCCAGACGGAUUGAUUGAUUGAUUGAUGAAUGGAAUGGACAGAUUAGAUGGCAUACGUGGAUCUAGAGAAGAAGAAAUCCUACACGCCCACGCACCCACACACACCCCCCUCACCUCACACCCUGUAGAGAGAUGGGGA